CAUCGCUUUUUUCGUAACAUAAACAUAUCGGUGAAAGUGUCAAUAUUCAAUCAUAUUUUAGGAUUAGUUUCAUUAUUUAGGAAGUUAUGCUUCGCCUCAGAUAGUUUUCCGCCAAUGAUAUUUUAACAGUAUUUUUUUACGAAAUCAGAACCUUUUAUUUUCAAAAUGGACGCACAAAUAAAACGAGCGAGAUACCUUUCCUCGAAGGAGUUCAGCGUGCUCUUCGCCCAAACUGUGCACAUCUUCCCGAGCAUCUGGAACCGGAGCCUGCGCGAGAACCGGAGCCUAAUAGUGGUUAAUUUAGCCUGGGAGAAGAUUGCUAAUAUUCUUGGCAACGGCUUAACGGCCAAGCAAUGCCAGCAAAAGUGGCGUUCGAUGCGGAACAACUACACGGCCCAGCUCCGAAUGGCGGCCCGCGACGGGACCGACCUCGUGUUCUUGAACGGCGCCAUGGACUUUGUCCGUCCGUUCACGAUUUCCGGCCUGGGUUAUCCUGCUGGCAACGGUAACGAUUCAAGCAGCGACUGCGAAGUGGUCGAAGAGGAGGAGGAGACGAUGGUUAGUUCCGGUGUCAAUAAGCCGGAUGACGAACCGCAGGUCACGACGACGAAUGGUGACGGCAAGGUAGUGCUUGAAGAUGCUCCGGCAGCUUGUCAGCACGUUCAGAUAGAUAGCUCCGACGGAGAUGCGCUGUUCCUGCUGAGCGUGCUGCCGGAAAUGGAAGCAAUGAACGAGGACCAGAAGCGAGCCUUUAAGAACACCGUGCAGGCAUUGGGCAAGCAGUUUCGAGAUUGAUAGGUUAUGAGAAGAGUUUAGAGUUAAAGUGGUUAAAGGUUACAAAUAAAAGACUCAACAUUUUAAGUAAA